AUGAGAAAAAACUGUACCUCAAAAAAUGCAAGAUUAUUAUCAGAAUUGGAAGAAAUUCCCUGCAUGUCAAACAAAAAAAAUGCAACAGAAAACAAUUCUAAUUUAUCUAAUAAUACAAUUUGUCUCAAUACAGAAAUUCAAACAUUUAUGAAUGAUACUUAUAAUGAACUCGGAUUUUAUCUUCAAGACAAUAAAAUUACUAAUGACACAGAAAAAUGCCAAAAGGUAACUACAUACAUAAAUUGGAGAGGGAUGGACUAUGUUAAUUUGCUGUUAAGUGAAAAUGGAAAUUAUAAUAUUUCAUAUCUUGUUGAAAAUUGGAAUAAAAAACAAAAAUCUUUUGAUAAAAGUAUAGUUGAAAAAAUAAAUUCAACGUGUAAUACAACAACGUUUGAUUAUUGUGCUAUUUUGAAUAAAAAUAAUAACUGCACUAGCCCUUAUAAAGAUACUGAUCUACCAGUAACCACAUUAUUAACAUACGAACAACUCAAUGAAGAUAGUUAUAGUACUAAUAAAAUUCAAAUUAUUGAGCAAAGACGGCUUAAGUUUGACAAUGUUACCUAUGAUAUAUCUAAUUACUAUUUCAAUGCAUAUGAUAAAGAUAGUUCUGAACUUAAUUGUGCAAAGUGGAGUAUGUAUAUAUAUAAGAGAGGGAAGCUAUUUAUUAAUAUGAUUAACAAUGAAAUUUAUUCCGAAGAAGUUUAUAGAAAUUAUUCUAUUAAUAUAUGGAAUACAUUCAGUAGGGAUAUGCAAAGUUAUACAUUAGAACAGACAGGUAAUGAAUGUAAUAUGACAGUAUUUCUUCAUAAAAUUAAAGAGAGAGAAAAUUCAAUUAAUCCAUAUGAUUUAGGAUGGGUUCAUUCAAAUAACAAUAAUAUUAUAUCUAAUCAAACCUCAGGUGUUGCAACUGCAUUACUAGAUAACUUGCAUUCUACAAAUGGAAUUCCCAAUGUUACAUAUAAUGUUGCAUCAACGAAUUCAAUAGAUAAUAAUACAGGCAUAUUUAGAAUUAUAAAUAAUAAUACAACUAAAAAUGCAAAUAUAAUUACUACCUUAGGAACAGUAACAACAGGAGAUCAAACUACACUAGAAACUAUGACCACAACUUCUUCAGAAGUUAAAACACAAUCUAAUAUUUUAAACCCAGAUUCUGCAACUCAACAUGACUUACAUACAACUAUAUCUUCACCUUCAGAUACUCCUAUAAGUAGUACUGGGUCUUUUGGAAGUGAAAAUACACAAUCUUCAGCAAAUAGAACUAAUCCUACAGUUAGUACUGAGCCUACCACAGAUAGUACAGCUUUUUUUGCAACUGAACAUGGACCUUCACCUACUACGAAUAUCAUUGAAUCUAAUGAAAAUAGUACUACAUUACAUUCUGUAAAUAAAUCUUUAUCUAAUACAGAUAGCUAUACCAGUUCUCCUACAAUUAUAGAUUCAUCAUCUACAAAUGAUUCUACAUCUCCAAAUAAUACCAUUGUACAUAAUACUACUACAAUUAAACCUUUUACAACUAAUGAUACAUCACAUACAACUAUACCUUCCCCUUCUCCACAUCCUGCACCUUUAAUUGCAAGCACAUCUUCUAUAGAUACUAAAUCAUCUAUUUCAAGUAGCUCUGAAACUCCCACUAUUAAACCUAUUUCUAUAACUGGAACUGCAGUUUCUCUAAGUAAUAAUACAUCUUCAAGUAAUAUCACUACAAAUCCAACUGCUAUGAAGCAACUCUUUACAAACGAUACUACAUCUUCUACAAGUAACAUUACAUCUCCUAUGACUGUACCCUCACCUUCUUCUGAGACUACCUCCCUCCUAUCAACUACGUCUACCACAGUUAUCAAUUCAUCUUUUUCAAAUGCCUCUGCACAGUCUGUAACUGAACCUUCUAUAACUAGCAUUACACCUACAAAUAAUUCUACAUCUUCAAAUAACGCCACUUCAUAUUCUACUACCAUCAUUGAACCUUUUAAAAACAGUACUACAACACCUAUAACUAAUAUUACAUCUCCUAUAAUUGUACCUUCACCAUCUUCUGAGAUUUCAUCUUCACCUAAUAUCACAUCUUCUACAACUACAAAUUCAUUUUUUCCAAGUAGUUUAGAAACUCCAACACCAUCUACUCAUAUAACUAAAAUUUCAUCUUCGGCAAAUAAUUUCAUAUCUUCUUCAAUGUCUAACAAUAUAUCUACUAAAAUCUCAUCUACAUCUUUAGAAUCUUCAAAUUUCAACACAAUUAAUAAUGUAACUAAAUCUCCUACAGGAAAUAAUAAUACAUCAUUAUUGGUAACAAGAAAUCCCAUAGCACAAUACUCGCAAAAUACACCUGCCCCUAUGAUACAGAAUAAGGAAACUUUACCUUUAAAUAUAAAUCAUAAUAGUACAUUAAGAAAUAAUGUAUAUACAAAUCCUACGAAUAUGACUAUUUCAAAUAAUUUUACCUCACAAACCCCAUUCACCAAUAAUACUGAAGUUACACCUACAGUUAAUCCUACAGGAAAUGUAUUAAUAACAAUCGUUCCAGCAGGUAUAUUCAUUUUGGGAAUUAUUUUUUUUUUAAUUCUUCUCUGUAAAUACACUUUUAUUGGAUCUUGGUUUCGCAAUCGUAAAUCAAAGAAAAAAAAAGUAAGAAAAAAGAUGAAGAAAAUUUCAAAGGAACCGUUAUUAAUGUCUUUGAAUGAUAUAGAUAGUGAAACGAUAAAUUGUGGUAAAUAUUCGUUAUUGCACAACGAAAAACAAAUUCCAUUGUGUGAAAUUAGUUUUGAAAGUGAAAGAAAUUUAAAACAUAGGCAGAUGAAUAAAUCAAGGGAAUGUAAAGAAAUAUACAUGGAAAGUGGUGAUAAACGCGUAUAUGAAGUUGUAGAAGAUGUAUCGAAGCACAAAAAUGAAUCUUCAAUAGAAGAAAAAAAAUUAAAGAAGGAUGAUACUAAAAAUGAAAUUGAAGAAGAUGAAUUGAAUAAGAACAGAUCUAGAGGUAAAAUUAGAAAAGAAAAAUUGAUUAAGACUGGAUUAAAAAAAAACGAGAUUAGCGUUGUGGGGUAUAUCAGGAAAAAUACAUUAAAAGAGGAAGGAACAAGUGAAAUAAAUGUAAAAACUAAAAAAUCUACAUAUGAAAAGGAAAUUAAAAAUUCAGACAAUCAAAUGUCAAUCAUGGGUGAAGUGCGCGAUUGUAAUACAUUGGCGGAUACACAUGUUAUAGCAUUACUAGAGUGUAAAAAAGAAGAAUGGGAAUUGAUCAAAAAUGAAUUUUUAAAAAUUUGCAUAGAAGUUUUUGAAAUAGACGAAAAAACUAUAUAUUUAAAAGAGUAUGGUAUUAAUUUAUUAAAGAAAGGAGAAGAGGAAAAUAGUACAGUAGUGACAGAAAAAAAUAGUAGUAUUCCAGAGAAAUGGAAAAAAGAAGAAUGGUUUAUUAAUUUGAAAGAAGAAUGGAAGAAGGAAGAAGAAAAACAUUUAGAAUAUUUAAAAGAACAAGAAAUUGAGAAAAUAACAGUAGAAGGAAUAAGAAAUAUAGUGUUAGACAAAAAAAAAGAAGCAUGGAAGAAGUGGAUAGAAAAGCAAAGAGAGCGUUCGAAUGAGUAUAAAAAGCAGGAUUGGUUUAAAAAGAUAUUAGAUGAAUAUGAAAAAGAAGGAAUCCAUAAAAAUAUAAUGGAAGAAAAAAUUGAAAAAAUAAGUGUAGAAAAACAAGAGAAAGAAAAAAAUAAUGAAAUAGAUAAAUAUGAAAUGAAGAAAAAUUUAACAAAAAAAAUGUUAAUAGAUAUAUAUAUGAUGAUAUUAGAGGAAUGUAAAAAGGAAGAACUGGAAAGAGAAAAAGAUGAAUUGUUUAAAACGAACACAGAAGAAUUAGGAAUAGAAGGAAAUUUAGAAGAGUUAGUAAAUAUAUUGAAAAAAAUAGAGGAAGAAAGAAUUUGGAAUUCUAUAUUAGAAAAAAAAAAAGAGUAUAUAGAAAAAUGGAAAAGAGAAAAAUGGUUUGUAGAGCUAAUGCUAGAAUGGAAAGAUAACGAACAGAAAUGUAUAGAAGAAUUAAAAAAUAAAAAGUUGGAAAAGAAAAAUAAAGAAAGAAUAACAAAUAUUUCUUUAGAAAAGCAAAAGAUUAUAUUGAAAAAACAUUGGGAAGACAUUCGUAGAAAGUGGAUAGAAAAUGAUAAUAAAGAAGAAUGGUUUACAAAAUUGGUUGAUGAAACUGAAAGUAAAGAGAAAGAAUAUGAAGAUGAAAUUAGUAAAAAGAAUAUUCAAAAAAUAAGAGAAAAUGAACAAAAUAGGGAAAGUGGUGAAUCAAUAACAGUGAUUAAUAGAAAAGUAAAAGAAAAAGCGAAAAAAUAUGAAAAGGCUCAUCUAGAAGAUACAGAUAAAAAGAUUAAUUCAAUAAUAAACAAAAAAAAAAUAAAGUGGAAAACUAUAGUAGAAAUACAUAUGAUUGUAUUAGAGGAAUGUAAAAAAGAGGAGUGGUUGCUGAAUAGAGGAAAAUUUUUAGAAACCUGUUUAGAAGAAUUUAAAAAAGAAGAAAAAGAAAAGUAUCCAAAAAUAAUAGAAAAUGAUUUAGUAAUAAUGAGUAAAGAGGAAGAUGACAUUAGUACAAUAAUGAUUGAGAGGCAAAAGCUUCUAUGGGAAAAAUGGGUAGAAAGAAAUAAAAGUAUGUUAAAAAAAUGGAAAAGGGAAGAAUGGUUUAUUAAUUUGAAAGAAAAAUGGGAAAAUGAGCAAAAAAGUUACAGAGAAACGAUAAAGGAAUCAGAAAUAACAGAUAUUAAUGCAGGAGAAAAUCUUAUGUUAGAGAAGCAAAAAAAAAUAUGGAGAGAAUGGCUAAAAAAACAAAGGAUGUGGUUUAUAGAACAUAGUGAGGAGAAAUGGUUUAAUGAUUUAUUAAUAGAAUAUGAAAAAGAAGGAUGUAAGGAAGAAAUAACUAAAAGAAAUAUGAGAAAUGUUAAGGAAAUUCAUGAAAAUAUGGAGUUAGAACAAGAUGGAAACAAUGAAAUGAGGAAAUCUAAAAAAAAAAAAAAGUUGAUACAAAAAGUGUUGAUAGAAAUACAUAUGAUGGUAUUAGAGGAAUGUAAAAAAGAAGAAUUGGAAAGAGAAAAAGAAGGUUUUUUCAAUAUAAUUAUGAAAGAAUUGAAAAUACAAGAAAAUUUGGAUGAAGUAAAUAUAUUAAAAAAAAUAGAGGAAGAAAGAAGUUGGAAUUCUAUAUUAGAAAAAAAAAAAGAGGAUAUAGAAAAAUGGAAAAGAGAAAAAUGGUUUGUAGAGUUAAUGCUAGAAUGGAAAGAUAACGAACAUAAAUAUAUAGAAGAAUUAAACAAUAAAAAGUUGGAAAAGAAAAAUAAAGAAAGGAUAACAAAUAUUUCUUCAGAAAAGCAAAAGAUAAUAUUGAAAAAACAUUGGGAAGAUAUUCGUAAAAAGUGGAUAGCAAAUGAUAACAAAGUAGAAUGGUUUACAAAAUUGGCUGAUGAAGUUGAAAGUAAAGAGAAUGAAUAUACAAGUGAAAUUAUUAAAAAGAGUAUAGAAAAGAAAGAGGAAAAUGGAGAAAGAUUUGAGCCAAUAGUAGAGAUUAAUAGAAAAUGGAAUGAAAAAGUGAAAAAAUAUGAAAAGACUCAUCUAGAAGAUACAGAUGAAAAGCUUAAUUCAAUAAUAAACAAAAAAAAAAUAAAGUGGAAAACUAUAGUAGAAAUACAUAUGAUUGUAUUAGAGGAAUGUAAAAAAGAGGAGUGGUUGCUGAAUAGAGGAAAAUUUUUAGAAACCUGUUUAGAAGAAUUUAAAAAAGAAGAAAAAGGAAAAUAUCCAAAAAUAAUAGAAAAUGAUUUAGCAUUAAUGGGAGAAGAAGAAAACAUUAGUACAAUAAUGUUAGAGAAACAAAAACUUCUUUGGAAAAAAUGGAUAGAAAGAAAUAAAAGUAUGUUAAAGAAAUGGAAAAAAGAAGAAUGGUUUAUUAAUUUGAAAAAAAAAUGGGAAAAUGAACAAAAAAGUUACAGAGAAACGAUAAAGGGAUCAGAAUUAAUAGAUAUUAAUACAGGAGAAAAUCUUAUGUUAGAAAAACAAAAAAAAAUAUGGAGAGAAUGGCUAAAAAAACAAAGGAUGUGGUUUAUAGAACAUAGUGAGGAAAAAUGGUUUAAUGAUUUAUUAACAGAAUAUGAAAAAGAAGAAUGUAAGGAAGGAAUAACUAAAAGAAAUACAAGAAAAGCGAAGGAUAUUCAUGAAAACAUGAAGGAGUUAGAACAAGAUGGAAACAAUAAAAUGAGGAAAUCUAAUAAAAAGAAAAAGUUGAUACAAAAAAUGUUAAUAGAAAUACAUAUGAUGGUAUUAGAUGAAUGUAAAAAAGUGGAAUGGGAAAGAGAAAAGGAUGAAUUUUUUAAAACAAUUAAGAAAGAGUUAAGAAUACAAGAAAUUUUUGAUAAAGAAGCAAAUAUAUUUUAA